AUGGGGUUUUUCGACAGAUUUUCGGCGAAUAUAGCGGGCAGGAUUAUGGUAGGAUCACUAAUGGCUUCCAGGGAGAUGAAGCUAUCGUUAUCUAGUUUUUUCAGUAGAAGGUCUUCCACUCGAGAUGAUGGGGAAGAGAUUCUGAAGGAGUAUUACAUUCCAGACUAUGUACUACUUCCUGAAGCAGAAACCAAAGAACAAUGCGACGUCCCUGAAUGCCCUGUGGUCGUGUUCGUCAAUGCGAAAAGUGGUGGGCAGCUGGGUGGUGAACUUUUGCUAACCUGCCGUCGUAUUUUAAACAAGAACCAGGUAUUUGAUCUGGGGGACAAGGCACCCGAUAAAGUGCUCCACCAGCUUUAUUUCAAUUUGGAGAAGCACAAGCGAAAUGGAGAUGACUUGUCUUCUGAAAUUUUGAGGAAGUUACGUGUCAUAGUUGCUGGUGGGGAUGGAACAGCUGGGUGGCUCCUUGGAGUGGUUUCUGAUCUUAAACUAUCACAUCCACCACCAAUUGCUACUAUGCCAUUAGGAACUGGGAAUAAUAUCCCCUUUUCAUUUGGUUGGGGAAAAAGAAAUCCCGGCACAAACUAUCAAUCUGUCAAGGCAUUCUUGGAACAAGUCAAGCAUGCAAAAGAGAUGAAAGUUGACAGCUGGCAUAUUCUCAUGAGGAUGAAGGCUCCUAAAGAAGGUCCAUGUGACCCUAUUGGACCUCUUGACUUACCGCACUCAUUGCAUGCCUUUAACCGUGUCUCUCCAGCAGAUGAAAUGAAUGAGGAGGGAUAUCACACAUUUCGAGGGGGAUUUUGGAAUUAUUUUAGCAUGGGUAUGGAUGCCCAGGUUUCUUAUGCAUUUCACUCGGAGAGAAAAUUACAUCCAGAAAAGUUUAAGAAUCAGUUUGUUAAUCAGACUACUUAUGCAAAGAUUAGCUGUAAGCAAGGAUGGUUUUGCUCGUCCCUCAAGCAUCCAUCUUCAAGAAACAUCGCCCGGUUGGCGAAGGUUAAAAUCAUGAAAAAACCAGGUGAAUGGAUAGAUCUCCACAUACCACGGAGCAUCAGGUCCAUUGUUUGCAUUAACUUGCCUAGUUUCUCUGGGGGUCUUAAUCCUUGGGGAAGACCCAGCAAACAGAAGCUUCAUUCAAGGGACUUGACUCCACCAUACGUUGAUGAUGGGUUUUUUGAGGUAGUUGGUUUUCGGGAUGCGUGGCAUGGGCUUAUCUUGUUUGCGCCUAACGGCCACGGGACUCGUCUUGCGCAGGCGAACAGAAUCCGUUUUGAGUUUCAAAAGGGUGCCACCACACACACGUUUAUGAGGAUCGAUGGCGAGCCAUGGAAACAGCCCCUCCCAAUGGACGAUGACACCGUAAUCAUCGAGAUCUCACACUUUGGCCAGGUCAGCGUCCUCGCUAACCUGCACUGCCAGUCGAGAAGCAUAAACAUGCCAUACUCCCCUUAUUCGCCACACGGUUCGGAGGAUGAUGGGUCCAACAGCAACGAGGAAUUAUCCCUAGAAAGCUCGGAAGAAAGGAAAAAGUUUGGAGCGGCCGAUACUUUCAAACUGCCGGACGAUUUCAACAUUGACUGUCUUAGUUGA